AUGGCGGGAAAGGAAGUUUUGAUCAAGGCCAUUGCCAUUGCUGUCCCAACUUAUCCUAUGAUGUGUUUUAAAUUCCCCAAGGUGGUGUGCAAUGAGAUCAGUAGCGAUAUUGUGAAAUUCUGGUGGGGAAAAUCAGAAGGCGGCAACGGCAUACACUGGAAAUCUUGGAAGGCUUUGUGUUUGGCGAAAGGAGAUGGGGGUCUUGGCUUUAGAGACCUUGCGGAAUUUAAUCUGGCUCUACUUUCCAAACAGAGUUGGAGAAUCAUCUCUACUCCUAAUGCCUUAUGGGUUCGAAUUCUAAAAGCGAGGUACUAUCCUGAUUGCGAGUUUAAGGAUGCUGGUUUGGGUCACUGA